CCAUGCGAGACGCUCCCGCGGGCUCCUGGCUCCUUCGCUGGCUGCGGCGGGGCUGCGGGCUCUUGGCGCACCUGGCGGCGCUGGGCAUGACGGCUCUCCUGUUGCUCCUCUCUAGGCCUGGCACCAGUUUAUUUUCCUGGCACCCAAUGUUCAUGUCAAUAGCAUUCUGUCUGUGCUUGACUGAAGCCAUCCUGAUCUUCUCACCAGAGAGCUCCAUCUUCUGCUCCUGCUCCCACAGAGUCAAAGUACAACUGCAUUGGACUGCAACGACACUGGUACUCGUGGCUGCAACACUGGGCUUGGCCUUCAUUAUUUCUAGCAAGAACCGAAGUGAACUCCCACACUUUGUCUCCUGGCACAGCUUUCUGGGUCUCCUGACACUUCUGGCCACGUGUGGACAGAUCUUAUGUGGACUGUGCCUGCGGUUUCCACAGCUGCUGAGGAUCUUAUCUGUGGCCCAGCUCCGACUGUACCACAUGGUGUAUGGACUGGUGGUUUACCUGUUAGCCACUUUCACUGUGGUACUGGGCAUUUAUUCUGACUGGUUUCAAGCCCAAAUUAAAGGGGUGGCCUGGUAUUUCUGCCUGGGCCUACCCUUCUGUCCAGCCUUGAUCAUUAUGAAUCAAACUAUUAGAACUUGUCUGCCAAAAAAGAGAGAGCAUAUUUGAGCCUUGGGCUCCUCAGGAAUUGAAAUCCUAUCUCAUGGUCCCUUCUUCUUUCUUUAGUACAUUUGGGAAUGAGUUCCUGUCUACUUGGCCCCUUUUGUUCUAACAUAUCUAUUUUGUAUGUUUUCUGUGUAUCUUGAUAUGGUAAAAUUACCUAUUUUCCUUGA